AUGGCAGACCUAUCCGGCAAAACAGCCCUCGUCACUGGCGGCGCAAGCGGUCUAGGCAAAGCCAUCACCACCAAAUACCUACACGCCAACGCAACAGUGAUCAUCUGCGAUAUCAACCCUCUACGCAUCGAAGAAACGACAUCCCAGCUUUCUGCUCUCGGAACAGGGACCCUCCGCGCCUAUACAGUCGACAUAACCUCCCUCGAUGCAGUCCAUGACCUCUUCGCCAAGAUGCGCAAUGAGUUUGGUAUGUCUGCGCCGGAUAUCCUGGUGAAUAAUGCGGGUAUCAUGGACCGGUUUGAUCCCGUUGGUGAUUUGGAUCCUGGACUUUGGGAUCGCGUUAUGAAGGUUAACCUGACUGCGCCGUUUUGGUUGAGUAAAUUGGCUGUCGAGGGGUGGCUUGCGCGGGAGGAGGGGGAGAAAACGGAAGGGUGCAUUCUGAACAUUGCUUCUGUUGCUGGAAAGGUUGGAUUAGCUGCUGGCGCCGCUUACACAGCCAGCAAACACGGCCUCAUCGGCCUGACCAAAAACACAUCCUCCUUCUACACCAACAAAGGUAUCCGCUGCAACGCGCUCGUCAUGGGCGCAAUGGAGACGAACGUCAGCGAUGCCUUCCACGCUGGUAUCAACCAAGAGGGGUAUCAGAAGAUGGCGGAGCUUAUGAAUGCUGCUGGGACGGCGCUGUGUAAUGUCGAUGAGGUUGCGGAUUUGUGUGUUUGGAUUGCGGGUGGGAAGGGCGCGGGGUUGGUUAAUGGAGCGGUGAUUAAUGUUGAUCAUGGGUGGGGGAGUAUUAUGGGGUGA